AUGGCACUGAAGGAAUCCAGGAUUCAUGUCUAUUGGAUUCCUCAUGUUUUGACGUUGUACAUCAUUGUUGGCUUAAGUUUGUUGCCGUGCAUUCAAUGUGUGGAUGGAAAUGACUAUAGUCAGACUGGUAAUCCGGCUGUGCUUCCAAUUGUGACACAGCUCAUCUAUGGUCGGCUUUCGAAUCUCACCAAAAUUUUGAGCCAAGACAUCAAAGAGAAUUUGGGAUUCUGCAUAAAGGAUGUGGAUGUCGAUUGGCAUGGUGCAUUUAAUUUUGCUGGGAAAUUGGAUUUUUUGACAAAUUGUAUCAAGAAGACUAAAGCAACAGGAGACCUCACACAGAGACUAUGUACAGCAGCGGAAUUAAGAUUCUACUUCAAAAGUUUGUUUGAAAGAGGGGCAGCCGAGGACAAUUACUUAAAACCUAACAAGAACUGCAAUUUGAGUUCAUGGGUUUCUGGAUGUGAGCCAGGUUGGGGUUGUAGUGUUGGCCAAGACCAGAAUCAUGUUGACCUCAAGAACUCAAAAGCAAUGCCUUCAAGAACUCACGACUGUCAGCCUUGUUGCGAGGGUUUCUUCUGUCCCCAGGGUAUUACUUGCAUGAUACCUUGCCCAUUAGGUUCUUAUUGUCCACUUGCAAAACUAAAUAAAACGACCGGAAUCUGCGACCCAUACAGCUAUCAAAUACCUCCUGGAACUGCCAAUCAUACUUGUGGUGGUGCUGAUAUCUGGGCUGACGUUGAGAGGAGCAAUGAAAUUUUCUGUUCACCAGGGUCAUAUUGUCCAACUACCAUACGCGAAGUUCCUUGCAGGAGUGGACAUUACUGCAGGAUGGGCUCCACUUCUGAAAAAUUGUGCUUCAAGUUGACGACCUGUAAUCCAAACACAGCAAACCAAAAUAUUCAUGCCUACGGUGUCAUGCUUCUUGUUGCAUUAUGUACUCUGCUGCUCUUUAUAUACAACUGUUCUGAUCAAGUUCUCUCCACUCGAGAAAGAAGACAGGCUAAAUCUAGGGAAGCUGCGGCCAGACACGCACGAGAAACUGCACAGGCACGAGAAAGAUGGAAAUCUGCAAAAGAUAUUGCCAAGAAGAGUGCAGGGGGUUUGCAAGAACAUUUAUCCCGGACUUUUUCUCGUAAAAAAUCUGUAAGGCAGCCAGAACAGAUGAUGGUUCUUGGUCAAGCUAAACCUGGAAAAGAUGAUGCUCGAUUACCACCUUUGCCUCUAGGUUCUUCAAGUACAUCUGCACAAUCAUCUGGCACUUCCAAAGGAAAGAAAAAGGAACCAAGUAACCUCACAAAAAUGUUGCAUUCUCUUGAGGAAAAUCCAGAUAGUAAUGAGGGUUUUCAUCUGGAGAUUGGAGACAAAAAUCUAAAGAAGAAUAUGCCAAAAGGUAAACAAUUGAGUACUCACAGCCAAAUUUUUAAGUAUGCAUAUGGUCAAAUAGAGAAGGAGAAAGCUAUGCAACAGGAGAACAAGAACUUGACAUUCUCAGGAGUAAUCUCGAUGGCUGCUGGUGGUGAAAUCAGAACUAGGCCUAUGAUUGAGGUGGCGUUCAAAGAUCUAACUCUUACUUUAAAAGGGAAAAAGAAACAUUUGCUUAGGUGUGUCACAGGGAAAUUCAUGCCCGGUCGAGUUUCGGCUGUCAUGGGUCCAUCAGGAGCUGGAAAGACGACAUUUCUUUCUGCUUUGGCCGGAAAGGUUACUGGAUGCAACAUGUCAGGUUUAAUUCUUAUAAAUGGAAAAGUUGAAUCCAUGCAAUCAUAUAAGAAAAUUAUUGGUUUUGUGCCACAAGAUGAUAUUGUGCAUGGGAACUUGACAGUGGAGGAGAAUCUGCGAUUCAGUGCAAGGUGCAGACUAUCAGCUGACAUGCCCAAACCUGAUAAGGUUCUGGUUAUUGAAAGAGUCAUCGAGUGUUUAGGACUUCAAGCAGUGAGAGAUUCCCUAGUCGGAACAGUGGAGAAGCGAGGAAUCUCUGGAGGCCAGCGGAAACGUGUAAAUGUUGGCCUAGAGAUGGUCAUGGAACCUUCAUUGUUGAUCUUGGAUGAGCCCACAACUGGUCUAGAUAGUUCAUCUUCCCUGCUACUUCUUAGAGCACUUCGCCGUGAAGCUCUUGAAGGGGUAAACAUCUGCAUGGUAGUUCACCAACCCAGCUAUGCUUUGUUCAAGAUGUUUGAUGAUUUGAUACUUUUAGCCAAAGGCGGUCUUACUGCAUAUCAUGGAUCUGCAAAGAAAGUUGAAGAAUACUUUGCUGGCCUUGGCAUCAACGUACCAGAGCGUGUUAAUCCUCCAGACCACUUCAUCGACAUUUUGGAAGGUAUAGUGAAACCAAGCUCAGGUGUGACUCGUGAACAGCUUCCAGUUAGAUGGAUGCUUAAAAAUGGAUACAGAGUACCCGCAGAUAUGCUGCAAUAUGCUGAUGGACUUGCUGCAAUGUCCUCAACUAAUGACUCAAAUCCUGGUGAUGAUGAAGCUAGUAAUACUGAACAAUCUUUCGCUGGAGAUUUGUGGGAGGAUAUGAAGUUUAAUGUUGAGACAAAACGAGAUCGUAUACAACAUAAUUUUUUGAAGUCUAAAGACUUAUCCAACCGGAGAACUCCUGGAGUAGCCAGACAGUACAGAUACUUUCUAGGGAGGGUUAGUAAGCAGCGGCUACGUGAAGCUAGGGUUCAAGCAAUUGAUUAUAUGAUUUUACUACUUGCUGGAGCCUGCUUGGGAACUCUUGCUAAAGUGAGCGAUGCAACAUUUGGGUCCCUUGGCUAUACUUAUACCGUCAUUGCUGUUUCACUACUAUGCAAGAUUUCAGCUUUGAGAACAUUCUCUCUGGACAAAUUACAGUAUUGGAGAGAGAGUGCAUCAGGGAUCAGCAGUCUGGCCCAUUUUCUCUCCAAAGAUGCAGUUGAACUUUUCAAUACAUUCAUCAAGCCUUUGCUUUAUCUAUCAAUGUUCUACUUCUUCAACAAUCCAAGAUCAUCUUUUACAGACAAUUACGUUAUUUUGGUCUGCCUUGUUUACUGCGUGACUGGCAUCGCUUACAUACUUUCCAUCUACCUUGAACCUAGUCCUGCCCAACUGUGGUCUGCGAUUCUUCCUGUUGUUUUAACUCUUAUAGCAGUUCAAGAAAACGACAAUCGAUUUCUCAAGUACCUAGGAAAGUUGUGCUACACAAAGUGGGCCUUAGAAGCUUUUGUCAUUUCAAAUGCCAAAAGGUAUUCUGGGGUGUGGCUGAUAACUCGUUGCAGUUAUUUAAUGCAAAGUGGCUAUGAUCUUCAUGACUGGGCUUUUUGUCUACUUUUCCUCAUUCUUGCUGGUAUAGUUUGCCGUGUCCUGGCAUUCUUUUGUAUGGUAACCUUGACGAAAAGGUGAGCUUGGACAUUCUCUCUUUGCUGAUUUCCCAGUGUCCCAAUUAGAGAAGUACUAGUCCAAUUUCUGCACCCUUUGUAUGCAUGAAGAUGCAGAAGGAUUCCAAUUACUGUUAGUGACAAAAACAUUCCCUCUAGGAAUGGGAACUGAUGGCUAACAUGAAUUAAGUAGAAUUAAUCAUGUGAAUCAAGUCUCAUGACCCAGUUUAGGAAUCAUUAAUGGCCAUUCCUUUUGUAUUUAGUUUAGUUAUUUGUAGGUAAGUAGAAAGAAGAAAGAAAGAAGAAACAAUC